AUGAAGGACUCGUCGAUUCUCUUCCUUGAUGUCAGAGGACGGUCAGAACUUUCUGGCGGGAGGCUCAAGUCUGCUUCUUUCAUGAAUAUUCCUCAUACUGCUCUUUCAAACGAAUUCAAAAUCGAUGCAAGAGCUUUUGAGCGAAAGUAUGGUCGACAUAAACCAGCACCAAACGAUGAGAUAAUUGUCUAUUGUCAAAGAGGUGUUCGAGGAAAUAUUGCUAAGGAGACAUUGGAAGCUCUUGGCUACACAAAUGUAACGAAUCUUGAAGGUGGCUACUUGAAUUUAGAAGGAUUCUGA